UUACUUGCAGAGCAUUGCACAAAAAAAACUAAUCGAAGCGAUUCAAGAAGGUCGACCCGAUCGGGUAGUUUCCUAUCGUCUUGUUGGAGCUCAACUAACAUCCGAUCUUUUGCCAUUAGCCUGUCGGUCAGCCGACAAUAUCGAAAUAGUUGCAUAUCUCUUGAGUGAAAGUCCAGAAAAUUUCACUGCCAUGUCUUAUUACCCACAAGGUCAAGAAUCCUCAUCCCCAUUUUCAAUUGCGACAAGAUCAAAACAUUUCAAAGUGGCCAGCUAUUUAAACUGGCGUCUGUCCGACGAAUUGACAAAAGCUGUGAAUAGAAACGAUUUGCCCAGUGUUCGUCGACUUGUGCAUGCCGGUGCCAGUGUUGACAGCCAAAAUAAACAAAAUCUUUUAACAGCAGUAAAACACAGUAAUUUGAAAAUGGUUGCAUUUCUGUGUGAAAUGGGCGCAAGAAUUUCCGAUGAAUGUUUGGAACAAUCGGGAACUAGGCCGUAG